GCACUCUUUGAACAUUGCCGGCAACACGGGCGACCUUCGGAUCGAGGCAUCGGACAUUUGGGACACCAAGGUGGUCAGUGGUCAGAAGGACCGACGGAGGGAGAAUCUGAAGCCACCAACUGCGUGUGCUGCCUUGUCACAGUCGGAUCUCUUAACAGUCCCGUGCUGCCGACUGAUCGGCUCAAGACUGAUGGGUAUCGAUGCAGAGGGUUUGAUCCUGGAGGCCACUGGCAGCGCCACUGGCAGCGGCUGGAAGGUUCGAAGUUGGACGGUGGAUUUGCCACGAUGCAGAUGUUUCGGGGGCAAGUACUCCCUGCUCUUUGAGUUGAUUGAGUGCCAGAGUCAAGAAGGCCGAAGCUUGCCGGUCCUCACAGCAGACUUCUCCCGGGAGCUGUGCGAUGAGUUCAGCCCACAGUAUCAGUUCCUGGCGGUGGUGCCGGGACAGGUUGCUACAUUGGUGGAAGCUGAAUCGGAUGAUAUCAGUCUUGGUCACUUCUUUGCGCAUGGAGUGGAGAGCUACGCUCGAUGUCUAUUGAAUUUGUUGAGAGAUGUGAGAUCAGAGGAAGAAGAUGUGGAAUGCCUUUGGGAUCCUGGCCACUAUGGAGAUUUGUUGGUGAGAGCUUUGACGUUGGGGUGUGCAGAAGCCGGCUUUGAAGCAGACCUCAGCUCCAACUUUUUUCGCGGGGGAGAGGGCAAGAGGAUCAGCUUUGAAGCUACAAAACCACAUUUGGUCGGCAAAAUAGAGAUUGAGUUCGAGAAUGACCUGGAAGAAGGCCUUCUUUGCUUUGAAGAUGCUGAUCAGCCAGAUGUAACGAUCACUGGUCACAAGGUGACCGUGGACUUGGGGUGCAAGAAGCUCCGCAAGUUCGCACUCGAGGCUGAUGCCAUCCAAAGACUCCGAUCAGGCCUCAGUGGGAGGAUGGAGCACGACAGUGAGGGCUGCUGAUCGUUUUUUGCUAAAGACAGUAUUUUCCGAACUGGAAGGCCUAAGUGGGGAUGAGGUUGGAAGUUUUCAGGAAGAUAAGAGACAAUUAUGAAACACACAGUGAUGAUGAACUGCCAGUGUAAUGUAGGCUAAGCUAAGGUGUUUUGGCACCACCACUGCCAGCGGCUGCUGAUUACAGUCUGCAGAGAAGAUGGUAUCUCGACUUGCUCAUUUGCCUGCGAAGAUAUUUACCUCAGGGCCCAACAAGGCUGGUCGUGCAGUUUGCGCGGCGGUGCUUUCCAGGAGAGAUGGUCAUUGGCCUGGUGCAUGAUCAGGUGACGUCAAAACGAUAUGUGGUGAUUGUUGGGAUGUGAACAAAUCCAGGGCAAUUGACUGAUGACUGAUUCUCAAUAGGCUAUGCCCAAAUCCGCUGACGCUGCGCCCAACAUGUCCCUUACGGUUAGGUGGACUGGGUCACUUUGCAGUGGAGCUACAAUCCCGACAACGCGAUGCUGCUCUCCAGCGAGGAAGAGAUGAUUGGUUUGGUGGAAGAACUGCAGAAAUUUGGCUGUCCUUUCCAGCUCCCAUUCUGGCUGGCGCUGAGAGCUUGAACCACCGUCGUCUCAGUCUACCUCCAUGUGCCCAGGUAUGGCAUGCCAGCACCUCCCCCGUCCACAACUGGAAAUGGAGUCCGCUGUAUUUCAGCCCAUGUUCAUCACCAGGCCACCAGGCAAAGACCAGCAAGUCUGUACAGUCAUUUGAGGGACGCCCUGACUGUGGCGGUGGAGCAAGGGCAAGAAGUUCUUGAUUCUUGAGGUUCUGAUGCAGCAGACGAUGCUGUUUAUGUUGGAAGGACCAAUAUUGCCACUAUCCUGAACAGCUGGUGAUCAGUUUUGCAACUGCUUCACUGGAAGAAGCAGUUGCGGUGUUGCAUGUUGCAGAGAGCCCCAAAGACACAUUGACUUCCAGAUGUGCAACUUCUGAAGCGAGUGUCGCUUGCUGGUGGAGGCUUCUAGAGAGUUUGCAGAGAGCUCA